AUGCCCCGGAAGCGGAAAGAAGAUGUCGAUCGAGAGAUGGCUGAUGGGAAACUGCAGAAGCCUCAGCAGAGGAAUGCUGCCAACGCUAGAGAGAGGUCAAGGAUGCGUGUGCUGAGCAAGGCUUUCACCAGGUUAAAGACUACACUUCCCUGGGUGCCCCCAGACACAAAGUUGUCGAAGCUGGACACACUACGCCUGGCCUCCAGUUACAUCGCCCAUCUCAAGCAAAUCCUAGACCACGAGGAGAGCAUGCACGCUGCUGGCUUCAUUCAUCCACUGAAUCUG